AGUGAUUUCACAGCGCCCUCGUCGGCCGCCGCUGUGCGCAUGCGCAGUACAUGAAGCGCCGCUCUGAGGAAUAAAUAAGGGCAGGGAAACCGAACCGCAAUGGGACAACUCUUAUCUCGGUCCAAUUCGGCCUAAAAAUAUACCGAAAUGGCUUAUAUCCUUGACGGGGUGUCAUCAGAAGCUUUUUAGAGGGUGUCGGGGAUCUGUUUGGCUAUUGAAAGGGACUGAGAAAGUUUGUAAGGAAACGAAGUUCAGAGACGGUCAUGGAGGAUUUCGGUUCGGCGCUGGAGAAGAACGUGGCGGAUCUGACCGUGAUGGACGUGUACGACAUCGCUGCGGUCGUGGGACAGGAGUUCGAGCGCAUUAUCGAUCAGUACGGAUGCGAGGCUCUGUCCCGACUCAUGCCCAAAGUGGUCCGUGUGCUGGAGAUCCUGGAGGUCCUGGUGAGCCGGAACAGCAUCAGUCCAGAGACCGAGGAGCUGCGUCUGGAGCUGGACCGACUGCGACUGGAGCGGAUGGAGCGGCUGGAGAAGGACAGGAAACAUAAGAAGGAGCUGGAGCUGGUGGAGGAUGUGUGGAGAGGAGAAGCCCAGGAUCUGCUGUCCCAGAUCGCACAGCUGCAGAAGGAAAACAAAGCGCUGCUCAACAACCUGUCCGUCAAAGAGUGUCCGAUGACAGAGGAGGAUAUACAGAAGCAGGAAGGCAUGACCGAGAGGGAACGACAGGUGAUGAUGAAGCUGAAGGAAGUUGUAGAUAAACAGCGAGAUGAGAUCCGUGCCAAAGACCGUGAGCUGACGCUCAAAAACGAGGACAUUGAAGCACUCCAGCAGCAGUUGAACCGGCUGAUGAAGAUCAACCAUGACCUGAGGCAUAAGAUCACGGUGGUGGAGGCCCAGGGUAAAGCGCUGAUCGAGCAGAAGGUGGAGCUGGAGGCGUCUGGUCAGGCACGGCAGCAGGAGAUGGGUAACCUGCAACAGGAAGUGGCCCGUCUUAAGGAGCGCCUUAAAGAGCAGGGCAAGACCAGCACUGAGAGGGAGGAGCCUGUAGGACCACCUUCACCUGCACAGUCAUCUAAAAGGCCCCCUUCCUGGGGUCAGGAUUUAGCUUCUGAGCUCCUGGCUGGGGGCCUGGAGAAAGAGGAAGGUCCCCUCCAUUUCAUUCCCCGCACCGGGGCCCCAGAAGCUCUGACAGAGGAUGGUGAGGAAGAGAAGGAUGAAGAAGAUGCUGCAUUUUUAUGGGAGGUGCUGUGUGAUGAUGACAUGUCCUCUAAUGAUCCAAAAGACCCCAACCGCCCGCGAUUUACCCUGCAAGAGCUGCGGGACGUCCUGCAUGAGCGCAAUGAGCUGAAAGCAAAAGUCUUCAUGCUACAAGAAGAAAUUGCAUAUUACAAAAGUGAUGAACAGGAGGAGGAAACGGGCCCACCAUUGCCAGACCCGGCUUCUACAUUUCGGCCAAGCUCACGCUCCAACUUUCAGCCCGAGUCAGGGAUAAAACGACUGUUUAGCUUCUUUUCCCGCGACAAAAACCGAGGCUCUCAGAGGAGGAUGCCACAGAUGGGUGAUGGCUUCGGCUCGUGGUCGGGGAAAGAGGAGGUGGACACAGAACAGGCCCAGGAGGCAUUACAGCACAUGUAACGAACACAACGCUCCACUAACCGCUAACCUGCACCAUGUGACCGUAUGCCACAUUUACACUCCUUUCAUGGUCACUUCCACAGCACUGCGUCUGCAAGCAGAUGAGACAAGAGCUCACAAAGGGAACAUGGGGGACGGGGCUGUUUAGAGUUACUGAUAGAAUGUGGCCCUCACCUUCACCCAAAGAAACUGUGAGGGAGUUUUAUGUGCCUAUUUUGUUCGAUAGUUAGACUAUUGCAAACGACAAGUUACUGUAAGUAGAUGAUGCGUGCAAAUAGAUUUCUUACAUUAUUCUGAUGAUGUUUAAAGAGAAGAUGCCUUCGGUAGAUAAGAUGCAUAUCUAUUUUAAUUCAAAUUGAAUUAUGAGUGAGAAUAUGCACGUGGCUGAAGAAAAAAUUAGGGAUUUAAAUUUUAAUUUGCUACGCCCAGGGCAGAGAUUUUCUGAAAAGGAUGGUGGCAUUAUAUGUUAAGUUAUGUUUAAAACUUUUUUUUUUUUAUUGCACAGUAGCCUGAUAUUUUUUUUUUUGGCACACUGAAAUAUUAAGAAUUUAAAGGAAAAUCAAGUGUUUAGAAUUUCAUUUCUUUUGACAUCCUUCAUGACAUGCUGUCAGCUAUCACAGAAAAUCAUUUUAACUUGUUCCUCAUUUUGUAACAAAUGUCAGACAUUACAGUAAUUCAAUUGAUAUGGAGGUGUAUAGGGCAAAACAUUAAAAUCAGAAAUGUGCCUCUAAAAAAGCUCUUAUAUUUAUUUUUUUGUGGUAGUGAAUUGUGUUUUGUGGGAAGAGGUUACUAUACCAUGCAAAGAUCACCAAGGCUGCAUUUACGUGAUCAAAAAAUGCAGUAAAAAAUUACCGUAUUUUUAGGACUGUAAGUCGCACCUGAGUAUAAGUUGCAUCAGUCCAAAAAUACGUCAUGAUGAUGGAAAAAAAAAACAUAUAAGUCGCACUGGACUAUAAGUCGCAUUUAUUUAGAACCAAGAACCAAGAGAAAACAUUACCGUCUACAGCCGCGAGAGGGCGCUCUAUGUCUUCAGUGUAGACUUCAGGAGCACUGAGCAGCAUAGAGCGCCCUCUCGCGGCUGGAGAUGGUAAUGUUUUCUCUUGGUUAAUUUCUCUCGGUUCAUGUCAAAUUAAUUUUGAUAAAUAAGUCGCACCUGACUAUAAGUCGCAGGACCAGCCAAACUAUGAAAAAAAGUUUACUCCAUGAUCUUCAGAAAUCAUUCUAAUAUGCUGAUUUGCUGCUUAAGAAACAUUUCUUAUUAUUAUCAAUGUUGAAAACAGUUGUGCUGCUUUAUACUUUUUGUGAUUAUUUUUUUCAGAAUUCUUUGAAGAAUAGAAAGUUCAAACAAACAUUUGAAAUAGAAAUCUGUUAUACCAGUAAAAAUGCCUUUACACUUUUGAUUAAUUGAAUGCAUCUUUGCUGGAUAAAAGUAUUUCCUUUUUAAAAAACUUUUGAACAGUUGUGUACUACUUUUUGAAACCGUAUAUUUGAACAUUUCUCCCAUAGCAGCACCCCAUAUACUUCUAUACUGUACAUGCAUUAUCACACAGAGUCCCUAGUCAAAUCAUUUUAUGUGGCAACUGACAGCAUGUCACAGGUUCUUUAAAACCUGGAAUCAUGAAACAAAGCUUUACAUGCCUUAAGUGUUUCUGCAGCACGUUAAAGCAGAACUAUAUUAAUAAUCCAUAGUUUGCUGGCAUCUGAAGUAUCUAUCAUAUUGAAAAAUGUCCUUCACCAGCGGUUUUGCAUUGCUUGAAUGGUGCUUUCACUGGCAAUAAUAGAAGUGUUGAGUAAAAGCAUGGAAAUACGUGCCUAUUUUAAAGUGUGUUGAUAAAGGCAGCUUUGUAAGUUAGAAAAAUACAAGCCUUUGGGCCUUAGAUCAAUCGUUGAACAGCUGUUGAACAGAGUACGUCACUCUACUGAGGAGGAUAUCCAGCAACAAGAACUGGAUCAAAUGUAUCGUUAUUAUGGAUAUGAUGCAUAACUCAUCUCAUUGUGUAUUAAAAUAUUUUAUACCAUGUAUUUUGAGAAAUCUUGAAUCAUUGAAGCGCUAUUUGUAUGGCAAAUUAUUUGUUCUUUAGUAAAAAUCUACUGAAAUUAAAAUUUCAAGGGAUGCAGGAA